AUGCCACUUUUAAACUGUUUUCGUGGCAUGUUUUCAUAUUCAUCGUACAACUCGUACAUUGUGGGAUCCAAUGCGCUUACGCUAGCUGCUCUGGCUAUUCCCAAUUUGUUUGCAUUUUGGUUGAAGCUCCAGCCAUUUACAUUCAUCUUUAGUUUGCGUUUAAUCUACUUGGCAGAGAUGAUAUUGGUCCCUCUCUGUAUUUACAACAUAUGGAAUGCCUCCGGAAAUGUCACACAUCCACUUCUUAGAUACAUCAACGUGCCAUUCAAGAACAUUGCAUUCAGACCUGGCCCUCUUUUAACCACCAUGAAAAAAGUGCUUGUUUUUCUUCGUACAGAACUCAAUGCACCCAGCAAACCAGCCCAACCAGUGGGCGCCCCUCAAGCACCAGUCGCACCUUUGCAAAACCUGAAAGACGAUGUUAAGUUCACCUCCUUGUUCUUAAAAGACCCCACCCCUCAACAGGAACAACAGCAACCAUCGAAUAUACCUGGCGUCAAACCACUCUCUGUUGCUCCUUUAGACACCAAUCACUUGAUCCCAACUGUAUUCAACGCAUCAUACACCAAAUCAAAGGUUGACGAAAUGGAAAUUGCUAGAGCUGCUUUACAACAUUAUGGUCAAGCUGACACUGCCAAACCCGCAGUUACUCUCACUGGCUCUGGAAUUCCUGUGACAAAGCAGCAUACCGGCCCAAAACUCAAGUAUACACCAUGCGUUCAACCACCUCUUCAGCCUACUAAAAAUCGUGAACGAUUGUUGUGGUUUUUAUCACCCACUCCUGAGAUUAUAGAUGAUUUCAGAAUUGAGCAGAUGAUUGAUCUUGAAAAGAAUUGGAACAGAUACAAUGAUCGCGCUUCUCGUGCGUACUAUGACAAGAUGACAAGCGUUUUGCUAAAGAAGAUCUUUAUCCCAUUGUCACAAUCAAUCGACUUUUUCAAUGAAAUGCUUACGCCCAGAAACAGAUCAGUAGCUGAUUGCCCUACUGCUACAGUGAUGCUGUCAAUGGUGAUGUCUACCACCCAAAAUAUUGCAUUCACGUUACCCGAGAUUGAGGAUUUCAUUAACGUCAAUGGCUAUUCGCAUGUAGAUGGUAGAAAGUAUGUUGUUGGUCGUAUCAAAGACCUUGCCUCAAGCAGUAGAAUGCAAACUUAUCGAUUCUUGCCAACUACUACUGGCAUGCCUACUGACGCUAUCAUUAUUAUGCAUGUUUUCCAACAAUAUUUGGCUCUCAAGGAACCAUAUGCAAUUCCUCCACUUGUUCCAGUCGAAGGUGAUUUGUUCAAGUUCCUUCUCGUAUAUAUCAAGAUUACUCCAGAAUUAGACCAUUGGAAUGUGUUUGAUUCAAUUAAUUAA